CGGGUGUACUGCAAACACCAAUUUUUUAUUGUGUCCUUUAAGAAACACUAAAAUGAAGAUAUUCUUCUUUCUGCUGACCAUCUCCAUGGUGGCAAAUUCUCGAGCUUAUCAUGAUUCUGAAUGUAUCUUUUAUCGCCAUAUGAAGCCAGUUGAAGGUCUAAACUUUCUCGUUUGUACCAUCGGCGUCUCACUACCUCAACACAUCCCUCUUGUCCAAAGAAUUGGAAAUGAACCAAUUAAAGGUUUGCUUAUUGGAGACUCGAGUCAAGUUGCAGACGAUUCACUUUUUGGGACAUUUUCUAGUGUGACUUACUAUGGAUUAUUACGUCACAAUAUUGAACAUAUUACGAAAGAAAGCAUGGAUUAUUUGACACAUUUGGAAGGUUUUGAUGUAUCAAAUGGAAAGCUUAUGAAGAUCGACUAUGAUUCAUUCCAAGAUAUCGUUUACUUAAAGGAUUUGGAUUUAUCUAAAAACAACCUUGACUAUUUGCAUCCACAAAUCUUUUCAACCUUAGCUUUUUUGGAAAAAAUCAAUCUCAGUGGCAAUCAGCUGGCAGCUAUUGAGGCUGAUAUGUUUGGAAGUAACAAGAAAUUAUCAUUGAUCAACCUUCGUGAAAACAGAAUUGCUUUUGUUGCUCCACGUUCCUUUGAAUUCAAUAAUGAGCUUCGUGAAUUAUACUUAAAUGGGAAUCUGUGCAUUAAUGUUGACUACAAACAGCCAAGAAUCCAAACAUUGAGAUACAUUUUCCUUAAUCAAUGCAAAGAAACUGCUGAAAUCAUUGAUAUGUUAAGUGACAAGAGAAAUGAAGCUGAAUCAAUUGAUUAUGAGGAUGAGAAGACUCAGGAUGAGCUGAAUCAGGAAGAACAAGCUCAGGAUGUUCAAUAAUUUGCAAGUGGUAAUAGUCUUUUAUAAGUCAAGGGUCAGAUAAUCUCCAACGCAGUUGUAGCUACCUUAAGAAUACAAAUUUUUAAACUAGAAAAGAGAUUUACUUUUUUUACACCUUUGGCAUUAGCUUGAUAUGAGUUAUAUUGUGAAUAUUUUGAUGUGGAUAAGACUAUAUGCAAUCAUAUAAGGAAGA